CGAGUGAGUGCAGCUGUUGCCGGUGAAGCAGUGUCAGAGCUGGAGCCUGCGGCUGCAAUAUGGAGUGAAAUUAGAAGGGAAAUAAUAAGCAGACGUGGAAGAGAAGCCAACUCCAUUUCUUUGAACAUUGAAUGGUGCUGAAAAAUGUGGAGGAGUCCUUUCUGCUAACGCUCCCUUGAAAGUCUGAUUCCAGGGACAAGAAGACUAAAACAAAAAUGGCUGCAAAUAGCCUGGUGUUGCCCAUCGUACUGUGGGGCCCCAAAGCUCCAACACACUGUAUUUCAGCAUUACUGGUGAUGGAUGAUUUGGCAACCAUCGUCACAGGAUGUCAUGAUGGGCAAAUUUGUCUUUGGGAUCUAACUCCAAAAUUAGAGAUCAUACCGAGGGCCUUACUGUUUGGCCACACAUCAUCCAUCACUUGCCUUUCUAAAGCUAAUGCCAGCAGUGACAAACAGUAUGUCGUCAGUGCAUCUGAAAGUGGAGAGAUGUGCCUUUGGGAUGUGAGUGAUGGCAGAUGCAUUGAAUUUACUAAACUGGCCUGCACUCAUACUGGCAUACAAUUUUAUCAGUUCAGCAUUGGAACUCAACGAGAGGGAAGACUACUGUGCUAUGGACAUUACCCAGAAAUCCUUGUAGUUGAUGCCAUUAGCCUGGAGGUCCAUUAUUCUCUGGUGUCCAAGAUCUCUCCUGAUUGGAUUAGUUCAGUGAGCGUUAUACGUUCACUGAGAACACAAGAGGAUACAGUGGUAGCUGUUUCAUUAACUGGAAUUUUGAAGGUGUGGAUAAUUACUGCUGAAAUCAAUCGAAUGCAGGAAACUGAGCCAAUAUUUGAAGAAGAAUCCAAGCCCAUUUACUGCCUAAACUGUCAAAGCAUUUCAUUUUGCACAUAUACACAGCAAUCCCUGCUGGUGGUUUGCUCCAAAUAUUGGAGGGUGUUUGAUGCUGGAGAUUUUUCUUUGUUAUGCUCAGUGUCCAGUGAUGGUGAUCAGUCUUGGACUGGGGGUGAAUUUGUUGAUGCCGACAAGGUUGUCAUUUGGACAGAAGAUGGAAGUAGCUUCACUUACCGACUACCAGCGAGUUGUUUACCAGCCAGUGAAUCAUUCCGCAGUAAUGUUGGCAAAGCCAUUGAGAAUUCCAUUCCUCCUUUACUGUAUAAUGUAUUGGACAGGAAAGAUAAAUCCAGUAUUCAGCAUGUAGAGUCUGGGUAUGUGGGGGAGGCAGUUGUCCACGUUCCUCAUGAGUGUUAUCCUGACCCUGUAAAAGCCUGGGAGCUCUACAGACCGCAGCUGUUAUCAUGUGCUCGGCCUUUUGAGGCACCACUUCUCAUCUGCCCACCUGUCACACGGUUCUUUUAUGGUCGUAGAGAGCCCUUCCAUAAAUUGUUGAUUCAGGGAGAUUCAUCAGGGAGGCUCUUGAUAUGGUGUAUUCCUGAAACAGUGGGCUUAACUCAGGGAGGUACUGUUCAAGAGUUGAAAGUCACCACUUCUGCAUGCUUGCAAGAUACAUUUGAUCAUCUCAUUCCAAGGCCUGCUGGAAUUAUAGACCAGCUGAGCACACUUCCUGGUAGUGAGGAGCCUUUGAAGGUGACAGCUAGCGUUUAUAUUCCCUCUCAUGGACGUCUGGUAUGUGGACGUGAAGAUGGCAGUAUUGUUAUUGUGCCAGCUACUCAGACUGCUAUAGUUCAGCUAUUGCAAGGAGAACACAUGCUGAGACGAGGAUGGCCUCCUCAUCGAACUCUUCGUGGCCACAGAAGCAAAGUGACGUGCUUGCUGUAUCCACACCAGGUCUCAACACGGUACGAUCAGCGCUACUUGGUGUCUGGUGGUGUAGAUUUCUCUGUAAUCAUCUGGGAUAUUAACUCGGGGGAAAUGAAACAUAUCUUCUGCGUCCAUGGUGGAGAAAUCACCCAACUGGUAGUACCACCUGAAAAUUGCAGUUCUCGAGUUCAGUACUGUGUCUGCUCGGUCGCUAGCGACCAUUCCGUGGGUCUUCUCAGCCUUCGAGACAAGAAGUGCAUAAUGCUGGCAUCGAGGCAUCUAUUUCCUAUUCAAAUUAUCAAGUGGAGACCUUCUGAUGAUUACCUAGUAGUGGGGUGUUCAGAUGGAUCGGUGUAUGUCUGGCAGAUGGACACUGGUGCAUUAGACCGCUGUGUAAUGGGAAUUACUGCAGUGGAAAUCCUGAAUGCCUGUGAUGAAGCUGUUCCAGCUGCUGUAGAUACUCUAAGUCACCCAGCUGUAAACCUAAAACAGGCCAUGACUCGACGGAGCCUCACCGCUUUGAAACAUAUGGCACACCACAAGCUGCAGACGCUUGCUACCAACCUUUUGGCAUCUGAAGCUGCUGAUAAGGGGGCUUUGCCGAAGUAUUCCCAUAAUGCACUUAUGGUUCAAGCCAUGAAGACCAACUUGACAGAUCCAGAUAUCCAUAUAUUAUUCUUUGAUGUGGAAGCUCUGAUCAUCCAGCUGCUAACGGAGGAAGCAUCCAGACCCAAUCCCACUCUUAUUUCUCCAGAGAGCCUCCAGAAAGCCCAAGGCAGCACAGACAAAAGCAGUUCUUUCCUGACUGGGAAGAGAGCAGCUGUUCUCUUCCAACAGGUGAAGGAAACUAUCAAAGAGAAUAUUAAGGAGCAUUUGCUGGAUGAUGAUGAAGAUGAUGAAGAUGAGAUGAAGAGGCAGAAGAGGGAAGAAAGUGACUCAGAAUACAAGGGCAGCAAAUCAAAGCCACUCACACUGUUAGAGUACAACCUAACAAUGGACACUGCCAAGCUGUUCAUGUCCUGUCUUCAUGCUUGGGGAUUGAAUGAAGGAUUAGAUGAUGUUUGCCUCAUCCGCCUUGGCAUGUUAAAACCUCACUGCCCUGUAUCAUUUGGUUUGCUUUCAAGGGGAGGACAUAUGUCAUUGAUGCUUCCUGGCUUCAAACAGACUACUUUCAAGACACUAGAUGGUGCCAUUGAAACAGGAAAGAAACUCAUUCUGAGAAACAGCGCAUAUAAUGUGUCCAGGGCAGUUACAACUCAACACCUGCUCUCUCUUAUCUCCUUAGCUAAUACAUUAAUGAGUAUGACCAAUGCCACCUUCAUCGGAGAGCACAUGAAAAAAUUGCCACAAAGACCACAGAAACCGAGCACCCUAGAGAUGACUAAAGGGAAACCUUCCCCUCCAGUCUCCUCCACUGCUGUACAGGGACAGAUCAAACAAGGCUGGAGUCAACUAGCAGCCAUGCAUUGCGUAAUGCUGCCUGAUCAUCUGGGACAGGACAACUUUAGACCUCCACUCCUGGAGAUGUUGGCCCGGCGAUGGCAAGAUCGUUGUUUAGAGGUGAGAGAAGCUGCUCAAGCCUUACUGCUGGCAGAGCUUCGUAGAAUUGAGAAAGAAGGACGAAAGGAAACUAUAGACAUGUGGUCACCAUACCUGCCACAGUAUGUGGAUAGCAUUAUGUCACCUGGCGUGACAACAGAAGCCUUACAAGCUGUUGGUGCAAGUCCAGAUUUACAAGGAGCUGAUGCCAAAGUUCAGGAAGAAGAACCUGACCUAGCAGAUGAUGACAUUACUACAGGCUGCUUGCCAGGUUUUCUGGGGCAUGCAAAGAAAUUGUCAUCAUCUUAUGAGGAGCGGCGUAAACAGGCUACAGCCAUUGUCCUUCUCGGUGUCAUUGGAGCAGAAUUUGGUGCUGAGAUUGAACCUCCAAAGCUGCCAACUCGGACUAGGAACACCAAUCAGGUCCCAGAGGGCUUUGGACUGACCAGUGGAGGGUCCAAUUAUUCCCUGGCUAGACACACCUGCAAGGCUUUGACAUUCCUCCUGCUGCAGCCUUCUAGUCCUAAGCUUCCAGCGCACAGCACAAUCCGCAGAACUGCUAUUGAUUUGAUUGGGCGUGGCUUUACUGUGUGGGAACCCUAUAUGGAUGUGUCGGCUGUGCUGAUGGGACUUCUAGAGCUCUGUGCUGAUGCCGAGAAACAUCUCACUAACAUUACAAUGGGGCUGCCGCUCAGCCCUGCAGCUGACUCCUCCCGCUCAGCACGUCACGCUCUUUCACUCAUUGCCACAGCCAGACCACCAGCCUUCAUAACUACUAUUGCUCGUGAGGUCCACCGGCACACAGCUUUAGCAGCCAAUACACAGUCCCAGCCAAAUGUGCACACCAGCACCUUGGCUCGUGCAAAGAGUGAAAUUCUGCGAGUAAUUGAGAUCCUGAUAGAAAAGAUGCCUACAGAUGUAGUGGACCUUCUAGUAGAGGUUAUGGACAUCAUCAUGUACUGCCUAGAAGGAUCCUUGGUCAAGAAAAAGGGGCUUCAAGAAUGUUUCCCUUCAAUUUGUCGGUUCUACAUGGUAAGCUACUGUGAGAGGAGUAACAGAAUAGCAGUCGGAGCUCGACAUGGCUCAGUGGCUUUAUACGACAUCCGCACAGGAAAAUGCCAGACCAUUCAUGGCCACAGUGGACCAAUAACUGCAGUGUCCUUUGCUCCUGAUGGACGGUAUCUGGCCACAUAUUCCAAUGCUGACAGUCACAUCUCCUUCUGGCAGAUGAACACUUCGCUAUUGGGGAGUAUUGGUAUGCUAAACUCUGCCCCCCAGCUCCGAUGUAUGAAAACAUACCAAGUGCCCCCUGUUCAUCCUGCUUCUCCUGGUUCUCAGAAUGCACUGAAACUGGCACGUCUGAUCUGGACCUCCAACCGCAAUGUCAUCCUUAUGGCACAUGACGGGAAAGAGCAUCGAUUUAUGGUUUGAAGCCACCACCUUAAUCACAUGAAACAUGCUAAAGAAAUAAAAAUGUGUGUGCUGUUUGCAA